GAAAAGAAUUGCAUAAUUCGUUGGUAGAACUGAUGGACAGAAGGCUGAGAGAGGCUGCUCAAAAAGGAGAUGUUCAUCACUUGCAAAGCUUGAUCAAAGAAGUCCCUUUUCUGCUCAGCACAGUUUCAUUAGCAGGUAGUAAUGAAACUCCUCUGCAUAUUGCUUGUUUGAGUGUCCAUGUUGAGUUUGCUAAGGAGAUCAUUCAUUUGAGGCCCGAAUUUGCAAGAGAACUAAACCAGGAUGGUUUCAGCCCUUUGCAUAUUGCCUCAGCAAAUGGAGAUAUAGAGAUUGUGAAGGAGCUAUUGAACGUUGACCGUAACUUAUGCCUUAUCAAAGGGAAGGACAGAAAAAUUCCCCUUCACUAUGCAGUAAUCAAAGGCAGAAAACAUGUUAUAAAGGAGCUUCUUGUGGCUUCUCCAAACUCUGUAGCAGAAGUGACUUCCCGUGGCGAGACUUGUCUUCAUUUAGCUGUCAAGAAUCAUCAGUUUGAAGCUUUCAAAUUACUGCUCGAGAAUCUCAAAGAACUCAACAAGUAUGGUCUUUUAAACAAGAAGGAUAUCCAAGGAAACACUGUUUUGCAUCUUGCUACGUCAACUAAGCAAUUCGAGGUUGUUGAUCUAUUGCUCGACGAAAAUUCUGUUGCUAAAGGCACUAUUGAGGUGAAUUCUUUGAACAAAGGAGGCCUUACACCUUUGGAAGUACUAGUUAAAGAAUCCGGAGAUAGAGACAUUGAGGAAAUUCUAAGAACAUCUGGUGCUUUAUUAGCUGAAAACUUGCAAUCUUCGCCACAAGAAGGUUUGCCACAAUCUUGGGUUGUUCCAGUUCAAGAUCCAUCAAAUGAACAAUCCAGCAGAGAACAAACGAGUGAUACGCCUCCUCGAUCUAAUUCUAAGAAGCUUCAGGAUUUCUUCAAGUACAAUAAAACCAAAGAUUGUCCAGGAAAAGUAAGAGACACUCUUCUUGUGAUUGCUAUUUUAAUUGCAACAGCAACUUAUCAAACAGUACUUAGUCCACCAGGAGGUGUUUGGCAGGACACUUACUGGCCUGAUGAUGAUCACAAUAACAGCAGCAGUAGUGAUGGCAUAAUGUCCUUGCGACGUAUCGCAGGACAGUCAGUGAUGGGAACCAACAAUCCAAUUUCUUAUGGCUUGUUCUUGGUUUUCAACUCCAUCGGGUUUUAUGUGUCCCUUCACACUAUAAAUUUCCUGACCAUAGGAUUUCCUUUGCAAUUGGAACUACAGAUCUCACUUGUUGCCUUGAUAGCAACCUAUGAUACUGUGAUGUCUGCCAUAACGCCUAACCGGGGAAUUUCUCUGUUAUUUACUAUCUUUUCCAUAGUGUUUCCAGUAUUCUUGCCUCACGUUACAAAGUUGUUGAGAAAUCAUUGCAAGAAACCUAAAUUUAUUAUUAAGAUUUGUGAACUGUUUAGAUAGUUAGCCAACAUAUAUCAUCCUAUAUCGCGUCCAGUACUUUAGGGCUCGAGUGGAGCUAGCUCCUUCAUUGGCUAAUGUAUUACCUUUGUAACAUAUAAAUAGUUUACCUUUCUCACUGCUAAUUCAUUAUG